AUGUGGUUAAGCAGAGAAAAAUUUGUCGACGACGUGUACAAGCUGCUGAAGCUGGAUUACCCCAAUGUGCCAUUUUACGAGAAUCUGGCACUCAACACGUGGGUUGCGUACAUGAAUGCUUUCGUGAAGGAGAACCCCGACAAGAUAUCUACGAUGCUGUCGACAUUGGGGUCUCAACUUAACGAAAGAAAGCUGAAUCAGGUCCUCUUAGUGGCACAAAAGUACCCCAGUAUGAAAAGCGCCGCCACUAAAAUCCAGACGGAGAAGAUCCUGAGAUAUCUCGCGAGUAACCAAUCCCCCAAGGAAAUCUUCACGCUGCUAGGACUUGACCACGCUGGGGACACAAUCCUCAGGAACCCCUUAUUCAAGUCGUGGAUGAAUUACGUGAAGGACUUCAACAAGAAGAACCCAAAGCACCAAGAGUCCUGGGCAGAGCCACUUCGUACACACUAUCAAUGGUAUGGCACCCAAAAAUUGGUCGGGAGGGCGAUGCAAAGCCCCAGCACCGUCAAAACUGCGAAGCUGGCGGAGAAAAAGUUGCUCAAGCUGGCACUAGACCAGGAAGAACCCCCCACAAACGUGUUCAAGUUCAUGUACCUCGACGAAGCUGUCGAUGGACUGAGGAAGAGUUACAACGACAAGGCUCUCCUGAAGAUGUUCAAUGCGGCAAAGAAGAACCCCAGUACGGCGAAACUGGUGGACAACCUGCAAGGCGCGCUUAUCAACAAGUGGUUAGCUCUAAAGAAGCAGCCAGAAGACCUGAAAGUGUUUCUUUCUAAUGUGGCACUCGCCGAUGCCAUGAUAGCGCGGUAUACCAAGAAGUUCGAUGCUACACAUGCAUCGUAA